AUGGCAGAUCCAGCUACAGUUACAGAAGAUUUAGAAGAUGGCGAGAUUGAAAGCGAUGGCGAAGAAACAAAUGAAACACAAAAUGAAGAAAAGCCGGAGGAAGCGACUGCGGCUGCUGAAGAAAAUAAAACAAAAGUAGAUAAUCAAAGUUUUUAUUAUUCUAAGUCAGGUAAGAAGAAAAAGUCGAAAUCAAAUAAGAGCGAGCAGAAGGUUAAAGAUAAAAGUAAAAAAAGUCGGAAGUAUGCGGAUACGGUUGAGGAUGACUUUGCCGGUGGAAUAGAAAAGGCGAUAAGAAAAGCUAUGAACAAAAACGAUGGCAACAAUAUUCAAGGUGAAGCUGAAAACGAGGAACGUAGAAAAUAUAAAAAGAGAAAGAAAUACGAUGGGAAGGAAGGGUCGAGUAAGAAGCGCAAAAAACAGGAGUUUUCAGAUGAAAUGGAUGAAGCGGAGAUGAUGUGCGUGCGUGGCGCCUCACCGGUACAAAAACAGAGUCAGGAUGAAAGCUAUCAGGAACAGGACUCGUAUGAAUCUGAUAGUAGUCAAGAUUCAAGAGGACACCAACAGCAUCGCCAACAGAGGCACCGACCACCACAGAGGGAGAGAAAUAAAAAUAAUAAAAAUGAUAGAAGGCGAGGCGGAACACAUCCCAUGCAAGAUCCCGAUGGUGUUUGUUUGUAUUACAUGCAAGGAAAAUGUCACAAAGGGGACGAUUGUGUGUACUCCCACGACGCACAGCCGCCCAGAAAAAUGGAACUAUGCAAAUUUUAUUUAAUGGAAUGUUGCGCCAAAAGAGAUAAGUGUCUGUACAUGCACGCUGACUUCCCAUGUAAAUACUAUCACACAGGGCUUCCAUGUAUUUAUAAAGACGAAUGUAAAUUUGCCCACGGUAAACCUUUAAGCGAUGCACUCAAAAAUAUUUUAUUAAAACACAUCGAAUCAGCUCCUAAGGAAAUAUUAGGCGACUUCCCGAGACUCAACAGAGAUGGCGCAUUAAAAAUGUUACAAAAUACACAACUUAAAUUAAUGCAACAGUAUUCAGAGAACACAGACGCUGAAGUAAAGAAUAUUCCGUCACUCUUCGAUAUUAAUAUACCUAACCCGCAACUAAAUGUAGAUUCGUCUCAGAAUAGUUCUUUUAACAACGAAAGACAGAGCAAGGUGUCACCUAAAGUAAGGCAGUCGAGGUGGCAAAAUGACGAGUCGAAUCAAAAUCAAUGUCAUUCACCAAACAGCAAUGCUAGUUCAAAUGUUCUUAGUAUUAAAAACUUAACGGGUGUUUUAUCGCCUCGACAAAUUUAUGAACUUACAAAGAUAGGUAUCGAAAACUUAGAUCAAUUGAGUCAGUUAACAGUAUUACAGUUGAAUAACAUCGGUAUAUCCUUAAAACAAAUCUCUGACAUACAGCUGAACACUAUGAGCAUCCAGAAAUUAGGUUUAAUCAAUAACACUGAACAACAAUCACAACAUCAUCAAUUUACUAGUACUAACGCUCCUGCAAAGGAUUUAGAUUUAAGAGUACCGCCCGCAGCACUGCCUUCGUCGAAUAGUUUAGCGAUAGCAUCCGAAUUGCCCGGUCAAGACGUUGAUAUGCGUUUUCAGCCGAACACACAAUCACUUAGUAUCAAUGAAGAGACAAGCAAUAAAACAUCUAAAAGAGAAACGAGCAAUAAAGACAUGAUCGAUAUAGAUCAAUACACAAAAGAUGCGUUAAAAUUUGCAUCAAAAGAUAAAGAAAACAUUGACAUUUCAAAUGAAACUGUAGACACUGAAAAAAAUAAUACUUUAAAUGAAAUAAAAGAUGUAGAUCACAGGGUCAUUCCAUUUUCUGACGGCGGGUCCAGUAGUACUAAUGCUAAUAUAGAAGAGAAUACUCUGCGUUCGGAAGCGGAUACGGAUAUACGGUUUCUGCAACCGGAUCCUAUAUUUAAAAAUGCUGAAAAGAGACAUCGUCGUUCGACUACUGACGACGAUGAAGAUAAUAAUUUACUGAUCGAUGAGAAAUGGUAUUCAAGUGACGAAGAAAAGGGAAAUAAAAAGAAAUCACCCAUAUCCUCACCUCAGAAAUCAUUGAUGUCGCCGCCGCCUGUGGUUCCCCCUGUUAUAGAACCUUCGUCGGUCUUAAGUAAACUUGGUGACCUAUCAAAAAUAGAUAUCAGCGAAGAAGUUACAAAGCUGCUUAAUACUAUGAAAAAUAAUUUACACGAAACGCCAAGUCAAGAAACUCAGGAGCCGACGAUAUCAAGAGAUCCUCGUUCUAGAAGAUCCCCUCCGACAAGUGUAGACACAAGUACAGAAACAAGUAAAACGACCAGUAAGAAGACCAAUCGAGUGUCUAUAUACGAAUGUAUUGACGGCGAACCCACGGACGGCCGUCGAAGAACGGACGUGGAUUUGCGAACGACGGAAUUCAAAGGUCCCAGCUUCGGCGACACAGACUUGAGACAAAACACCAGCGGGGACAUAGAUUUACGGCUAGGAUUACCUUUCAAACCGAUACCUAACUACACGCCAGCCUCAGAAAUAAACGGUUCAAUUAACAGUCAUCCGCCAAUACACUACAAAUUAGUUGCCAUACAUAUACCACGUCCCGAUUACACGGAUAUUAGAAAUAGCACAGCGAAAUCACAAGCACUGACGGAUCCUAGGUUAAGGAAAGUAUUCAGAUUGUCUGUAGAAGAAACUAAUAGCGACAGUGAAAAACCAGCGAAAGUUGUAAAUACGGGGCCACGAGUAGAUCCCAGACGGAAACCUAAAGAUCAAAUCGAUACCACUAGUCAAGAACAAAAACCUAACUCAUUAGAAUUACAAACGAUAUUACAAAAUUCAAAUUGGUACAAAGAUUUGAGUUCGACACAAAAGAUAUUCGUCAAUCAGAAUCUAGCGCCCGUGACGCAGAUGUUAAAACAAUACCAUCAGGAAAAGCAACUGGGUAAGAAAUUUGAUAAAUUUGAUAUAGCUUCAUUACAAAACAAUAACGUUCUAUGUAGCAUAUUCACUAAUCUAGGCGUGACUCUGGGAGAAAACGGUGAGUUCUCAUAUUUACCUAAACCAAAAGAAGCUCUACUGAAGACUCCGAUAGGUUUUAAUCAGAAUUCUAAUCCUUUCGGUAUGAACAACAUGUCCGGAGGCCAUGGGCCUAUGGAGGGUAAUAUUAAUAUGAUCAAUAUGCCGCCAAUGGGCAUGGCUGGUAUAGGAAACAUGAGUAAUAUGAACUCUAUGCACGGCUUCAACCAGCCUAUGUCGGAUCCCAGAGGUGGGCCCACUCCGGGCUUACUGGGAAUAGCGCCGAACAUACCUCAUAACUUUAACAACAACAAAUUCGGUGGUCCACAUAACUUCGGUAACAUGGGAUUCAACGGUCCUCCUAAUGAUUUUAAUUUUAUGGAGGGAGAUCAGAACUUCCAAAGAUUUCCCAACAGAGGAGGUCUCCGCGGCAGAGGGAACAAUGAUCGCUGGAACAGAGGUGGAAAUAGGGGACACAGGGACAGGAAAAAUUUCAACGAGCGAGGUAAUUGGAAAAACGACAGGCAUUAG